ACAUCUUCCAUGGCUGAGGGCAAUAAUUCAGAAAUAACUGAAUUCAUCCUCUUGGGACUCACACAAAAUCUGGAGCUUCAAGCCCUACUUUUUGGGAUCUUUCUAGUGAUCUACAUAAUUAGUGUCAUAGGUAAUCUUGGGAUAAUUAUGCUAAUUCAUAUCAGUUCUCAGCUUCACACACCUAUGUAUUUUUUCCUCAGCAACCUAGCUUUUGUGGAUUUUUGCUAUACCUCCUCUGUUACCCCUAACACCCUGGUGAACUUCUUCCAAGAAAUUAAGAGAAUAUCCUUACCUGCCUGUGCCACCCAAUUGUGUUGCUUUAUCAUGUUCGUGGUUUGUGAAGUGUAUAUGCUCUCAGUCAUGGCGUAUGAUGGAUAUGUCGCCAUUUGCAACCCUUUACUCUAUACCAUUACCAUGAACAGAAGGGUCUGUAUUCAAAUGGUGGUUAGUACAUAUGUGUACGGCUGUUUUGGACUCCUACAGACAGUCCUUACAUUCCACUUAUCUUUUUGUGAUUCAAAUAUAAUAAAUCACUUCUACUGUGAUGACGUUCCCCUGGUUGGUCUGGCCUGCCAUAAAAGCCAUUACAAAGAUAUCAAAGAACUGGUAUUGUUCACACUUGCUGGUUUCAAUACCCUUUUCUCUCUUCUUAUUGUCCUCAUCUCCUACAUAUUCAUUCUAUUUGCCAUUCUGAGGAUUAAUUCAGCUGAAGGCAGGCAAAAAGCAUUCUCUACUUGUGCCUCCCACUUGACUUCCAUCACUAUAUUUUAUGGCACUAUCAUCUUUAUGUAUAUGCAGCCAAAAACAAGCCAUUCUCUGGAUACCGACAAGAUAGCUUCUGUUUUCUAUAUUAUGGUAAUCCCCAUGCUGAAUCCUUUAAUAUACAGCCUGAGGAACCAGGAAGUAAAAAAUGCUUUGAAAAGAAUUAUGGAAAAGGUGUCUUCUAGUAUAAAAUAA